AUAGGGAGAGCGCGAGAGCCAGAGCCGAAGUGUGAGUGAACGCGAUAACACCCUAAGUCACUAACCCGCCCCGUGACACACCACAGAGAGCAGAACACACGAGAAAACGGAGAUAUACGCCAUUACUUGACCUUUCAGCCUCACCAACGGGAUCACAAAUAAGCAAGACAUAAACCAAGUGAAAUAAAACCCAGAAAAAAACGCGAAAAUGAAACUUGUACCCACUUGACCCUCUCCUGUGAUAGACAAAACAACAGAAAAUAGAUAUAAACACGAUAAUUUGACCUCUGCCCCAGUCUCCCAAGCAUAUAAGACAAAUAAAACCGAUACAAAACCAAGAAAAACACAGUAAAACGAAACAAUUCAAGCCCCAUGUGCACUGAUCAAGGGAUGCAAACAGAUUAAACAAGAAAACAGAGGAAAAACAGAGACAAACGGGGACACAACCUCUCAAACACAGCAACGGGAUCACAACACGACCAAACCAAACCAAAGUGAAAUAAAACCAGAAAAAACACACUAAAACAAUAUAAUUCCAGUCUCAUGUGCACUGGGCGAGGAAUGCGGGGUAUGAGAGGUGCGGAGUGAGGAAAUAAGAGCCCCGGAGCAGUAUGUGGAGGCUUGGAGGAAGGAAAAACAAGGAGGGUCUUGUGUGGGCAGGAGAGCGGGUUGAGGCGGGCGUGGCAGCUACGGGAACAUAACACUGCGUUUUUGUAUAAGCUUGUAGUGUUGUUUUGAAGAGUGGUGGACUUGGUGCUGCGUCUUGGGUAUGGAGGUGACGAAUAUUAAUGGGCAGAUCCGCUUCUGUGCCUGGGAAACCUACAAUGGCGCCCGCAGACACUACCUGUGUAACCAGAGGGAGUACUGCUGUGCCCUGGGUUGCUGCGUCUCCACGGCCUUCUCCCUCUAUCAGCUGUGGUACUUCUGGUUGCUGCUCCUGCUGAUCAUCCUGCUGUGUUCGGGGGGGGGCUGGUGGUUCAGAUUCCGCCACGGGGGGUUCAGCGCGCGCAGCUCCCCCAGUAGCGCCAGGGGGCGGCAGGGGGGCGGCAGGGGCACGGGGCAGGGCCUGCGUGUACCCCACCAGCACCCCUUCUACACCUCCGCGGGACUGCAGCACGGCGCCUACACCCUGCCGCCGGGAUAUGACAAAGAUCCACCGUCGUAUAAUGAAGUCAUCACCCACUUAAAUCAGUUCCCAAGAAUCGAGGAUGUGCGAAGACAGAGCGAGCAGCCGAGCACCAGCGCGGCCCAGGGGGAGGAACUACCCAUGGAGGUGAUGGAUUGCCACCUGGUGCCCCCGCCGCCCACCUACGAGAUGGUACUGGACCUCAAGCGGCGGGAGAGCCAGUUGACGCGGGAGAUCGAGGAGCUGGAGCUGGAGGAGGAGAGGAACGGGGGGGAGGAGGCGCAGGUCAACUCCACUCGAAGCAGGAUAAGAAAUCUGUUGGGGAGGAUACGGCCGCGGCGCUCCACAAGCUUUGAGACACAGGGUCAGUGGGGGCUCAGCGCUGCGUCCUCCUCUUUCCACUCCUCCCCGUCCUCCACCUCCUCAGGGCUCUUUACCAUUAGCGGGGGAAGUCUCUCCUUGCCGGAUUAUUACGCGCAGGGUGCCACGCCGACGUCUAUAGAGCCCCCGAUGCGUGAUUACCCAAGGCUCGACCCUGCUCCGCCUUACGAAUUUGAUAGUUCCUCGCAUUCCGACUACUCUUCGCAUUUCGUGUCGAGUCCCUCCACCUCCAACCGUUCCAUUCCUUCCACGCCCUCACAGACUGAUAUGGAGCUUGUACCCACGGCUCCACUUGAAGGGGGGCUCAUUCCUCCCUCCUCAGACCUCGUUCCUCCCUCCCCAGACCUCAUUCCUCCCUCCCCAGACCCCCAGGAGCAGGGAAGAGAUGAGUUAAGGGUUGGGGAGCAUGAUUUGGGGUGCUCGCGGCCUUGUACGGGGAGGUCCGUGCUGUCCCGCCCCGCCACCUCCAUCGGUACCCGAGCUCUUUCCCCGCCUCAGGAAGUCGCCAGGAAGACCAGUUUGCCGGGAGCCGUGGUGGAGAAUGAGGAAGAUAGGAUUGAGGAGACCGAGGCUGAAGUGAGGUGAUGAGUUGAGCGACAAACAGACUCAAUAUCGACAGACAAUCUUCCGUGUUCUCACCAUCACCACCAUCACCGACUCACAGUUUGUGUUAUCAUAUUAUCGUGCUCAGAACAUUGUAUUUAUCGAUUUCAGGCCUCAAAACUGUCGUACCCUCACCAGUAACUAUAUAUAAUCAACGUUAUUGUUCAAACCGUCGAGUACUGAUGGUUUUGAUGCGGUUAUGAGUCAGAGAACGGAAAAUUCAAUGUGCUGAGUAUACAAUAAUAUGAAAACGUUUGGUCUCACUCCCCGUACGGUUUGUGAGGCCACCAACUGUUCACAAAUAAGCGUUCACAUUGACCCCCCUCCUCCUCCCCUCCCCCUCACAGUACCAUUAUGUCAAGAGGUCACACCAAGUCCUUCCCGCCAUGGAGUCAUCAAGAAAACAGUAGCUUAGGUAGUUGUUAUCGUACUGUUGUUGUUUAGCGAGUUUUAUAUAAUCUAUUGUACCAUAUGUUUACUGUUGGGUUAUGAGAGGCAUUUAAUCCUGAACAAAACCGACCAAAGAGGGACAUUUAACCUGAGAUAUGUAAAUGUAGUCAAGACGGGAUAGAUACAUAUAAAAAAGCUAUAGAAAAUCAAGAUCACACGUUUCGCAAUGUUCACCUUCAGUGACUCGUGUUUCAGUCACUGGUUCAUUCGCGGGGUCACAGUGACACGUGUUUCGGUCACUGCUUCAUUCGCGGGGCAACUUUAGUUACGUCUCGUUUUAUAUGCAGUCAUCUACCUUGGUUUCCUCAGUGUUCACCUCCUUCGCCAUCAUUUCAUUCCCGAUUCAAACAAGUUUCUCCUCCGUGUGAUAAAUCUCGGUAUGCAUCUUCCAAAAACUAUGUUUUCAUACGUUUUUAUACAUCUUAUUCACUUCCAUCGCCUCUCAUGUGUCCAUUCCUUUGCGUAAACUAUCACCACAUCAUCUCAUACACAAUUACUCGUACUCUUACAUUCCACGUUCUGUACCUCUCUUGUAUGUAGACUGUUUGUAUUCAUCCACGGGUCAAGAUCGGUUGUAUUAACGCGCCCAUGUUUCGCUACACGUAUAUUCACCUGUCUUUUAGUGUUCCUCAGGGGAGACGAGGGGGCCAAGCCCCCCGUUACUAAGAGCGUGAACACGUAUUAAAUUUCAGCUGCGGCGAGCCGCAGGUAUUGGCUACAGCGGGCCGCUUUGGGCUGCUUCGCUCCUCACGGCAGUGCAGGUUCCUACUAUUUUCACAGUUCCCUUGAUCUCUACAUUCUUCCCAGUCUUUUACUGGGAUGUUCAAUUGUUAACAGAUUACAUAUUUGACAACAGAAGAGCAUUUGGUUAGGUAGAAAACGGGAUACCGGCGCGUUAAUAGAACCAAUCUUGACCCCAUCCACGUAGUGUUCCAUGUUACCUCCACUUGCCAUUCAGUGCAUAGUCUGUGGUGGCCGAUCAUCAUGUCAUGCCGUGCAUACAUUGGUUGGUUUACUGUCACAUUCCACGUUUUCUCUCCUGUUGUUGUAUAUAUUUUUUUUAAUUUCAUUGCCUUGUGUUCAGGACUAAAUCAAUUGUGGGAGAAUAUUGAGAUUAUGGUAACCUUCUUGAUAUCGUACAUAUUCAUCGUAAACAGUUAAACUUGACAAAUCAAACCAAACUAAAUCUAACCUGACCUGGAUUAGUCUAACCAUAGUCUAUGGUCAAAUCUAGCCUAACCUGACCAAACUUAAAUCUAACCUUACCUAACCCCCCCCCCCCCCUCCCCUUACUGCCAAAAUGAAAUGUGCUACUAAUAGGCUACACUCAUCAAUAUUAAAUUGAUAUAUUGAAUUUUUUAAAAUUUUCCGAAAGCUAUUUACUAGCCACUGCACUGCAUUCAGACACCAAACUACAACACGUAAUCUGAAUAUAGACCUGACGCGAGGUGGCUGCCUUAAACUCACUAUCAUCCCAGGGUGGGUUGUGCCUCCUGCAGCAACCAACCACGGCAGGUGAUUUUAGUUCUUGUAAUGCCUUCCCCUUGUCCCUUUGUCAUGGAUGGGAAGGUGUAAGGGCAUGGGCGUGUCUUCUUACUCGAGUUAAAUAAUUACGUAUAUAAUAAUUGUCAAAGGCGGUAGUGGAGGGUAGAUAGACUGACGGACUAACUGAGGCAGGUUGGUUAGAGUGCAUUGCAUUUCCUAAAUUUACUAUUUCUUAAUGAAUGGCUGGGUGUGUCUCCUUACUCGAGUUCAAAGAAUUAUGUUAUUGACUGAGGUAAUCUAUGAAGAAAUUGGACUGGUGAAUAGAUUAACUGAGGUAGGUUUGUUAUAGUGUGUGUUAAAUUUACUAAUUCUCUAAUUCCAAAUAAAAUUAUAAUUAUAACAAAAAAAAGUGUUGCUGGCAAAAUAUAUGAAGGAAAUGGACAUGUGGAUUAGCUAACUGAGGAGGUUGGAUUAGUGUGCAUGAAGUUUCCUAAUUUUACCAAUAUCAAAUGAAAUCAUCAUUAUGGCAAAAAAUGUGAAGUUGGUAAAAUAGGGAAAGUGAAAACUCAAUAUGUGUUAUGUUAUGUGGCUGAAUGGUCUGUUGUUGUUUUUCCUAACUUUGUAUAAUUCCAGAGAAAGCUAUAAAAAGAAAAAGUGACAAAAAAUGAUAAAGGCAAGGAUUUGAUGAUAUAAUUUGGGUAGAGUGUGUGUUUUCAAUGUUUUGUUCCAUCUUAAAGAAGUUUCAAUGUCAUGAAAUAAAAUUACAUAAUAAUGAAAGAAAAGUACAAUGAUAACUGGAUGAUUAGGUACACUGAGAGAUUGCUUCAUAUAUACAUUAUAACUUAACCUUAGCAACCUCCAUUUUGAUCUUAAAAUAUCUAUUGUAGAAACUAUUGAAAACCGACAAAAAAGGAAAAAAAAAGAAUUAGAUAUAUUUUUCCAGGAUUUGAGCAAAGGCAUUUAGAAGAAUACCAAAGAAAAGUUUAAAAAAUUACCAAAGUUUAUAAAGUAAGUGUGUGUGUGUGUGUGUGUGUGUGUGUGUGUGUGUGUGUGUGUGUGUGUGUGUGUGUGUGUGUGUGUGUGUUCACGGGAAAAUCCUAUAAUGCGCAGUCAUCGUUCGUCUAUGUAUAAAAAAAAUGUUCGCGCGUAUGUAUUUAAAUGUUACAGAAACGUUGCUACUCCUUCGUCCGUGAACAGCUCAUAAACAUUGUGAUAUCUUAGCGACAGAAAACGGGGAGAGGAACACAAGCCUUUACUUUAAGACUUCCUAAGGGAUCAACACUAAGAUUAAGGACAAACAUAUAUAUUUUUCGUCUCGGUGCGUACGUAACGUGUAUACAACUCGGAUAUGUGUCUUAAUAAUGAUAAUAAUGAUGAUAAUAAAGGUAAUGUAUGUCAGUCCACCCUCA